GUAAUGUAUCUAAUCCUUUAUUGCAUUAUACAUAUUUCGAUUGCUGUUUAAACAUUAAGAUAAGUACAAGAUUAAAAUGCUUUAUGUUUGGAUGGUACAAGAGCCGUAAGAUGUUUCUAUAUUUUAGAGUUAUUAUUUUGAAUAAGGAUAUGGAGAUGGAGCAGAUAAAUAUUUAAUAUUUUAUGAGGGUGGAGGAUGGAUUUAAGGAUUUGAUGAAGCAGAAAUGCUAUAAUAGGCUUAUGAUCGUUCAAAUACAAAUAUGGGUAGUUCAAAGUUUUCGGCAGCAACAACUUAAAUGGAUGGUUUAUUUAAUAGAAAUUAAAAUGUUAAUCCUUAUUUUUAUAAUUGGAAUACAAUAUUUGUAAAUUAUUGUGAUGGAACAGGACAUUAAGGAUAUAGAGCUUAGCCUUUAUAAAUUAAAGAUAAGUUGAUUUAUAUAAGAGGAGAAUUAAUAUUUAAAUCAAUAUUUUAAGAGCAUCUUACAAAAUUGACUAAAGCAAGUAAAAUUUUAGUAUCUGGUUGUUCAGCAGGAGGAUUAGCUGUAUUUAGUUGGAUAUAAUAUAUAAAAAAUCAUUUACCUAGUAAUGUCUUAGUGUUGGCAGCUCCAGAUUCAGGUAUUUUUCUGGAUUUACAACCAUAUGAUGGUGCUUAAGCUGCUAGUGAUAGAAGAUAAAAAUAAUAUCAUAAACUUGCAAAUGAAGAAGUAGAUCCAUUAAAUGAAUAGUGUGUAAAAAGCUAUCCAAAUGAGAAAUGGAAAUGUCAUUUUGCUUAAUAUCUAAUAUAAUUCAUCAAUGUGCCUAUAUUUUUUAUGCAAUCUUUAUAUGAUACAGCUUGCAUUCCAAAUAUAUUACAUAUUUAUAAUGCUUGGGAUUAUACAUUAAAAAGAUGUGAUUACAAAGAGAGAUCUUGUAUAGAGGCUAUGCGUAAAUAGAUUAUAAAUCUCAUUAAUGAUAGAAAAUUAGCAGAUCCAAAAACUGGGGCUUUUGGAGUAUCUUGUCUUGAACAUUGGUAUUAAAUAUAGUAGUAUUUAUUAUAGCUUUACUUAAAAAUCAAUAUUUUAUACUCCAAAUUGGGCUAUUCCAAAUGGAUCAUAAUGGACUAUUGCUAAUUCACUAGGAUAAUGGGUACAAAACUUAGAAUUGAAUAAUAUGCAUGUUGAUAAUGUAUAUUGGCCAGAAAAUAAUGGAUGUUCGAAUAUUUGA